ACAGCAAGUGUGGCAGCGUCAAAGACGAAGACAGUCGGAUUGGCAGGCUGCUGAACGACGAUGCCAGGCGGUGCAAUCGACGGAGAAGGGGACGACGACGAGCGCGACGCCACGGAGGUCGUCGGUCGUCAGUUUUGGGAUGAUGAACGACAACGAUUGCGUUCCACGAACACGGCCAGCAUAACGAGAGGGGUGGCGAGAAUCAGUGUGGGGGCCGAAGAAGAAUUUCAGGACUGCGCUGGUGGAGGGGGUGAGGAGAUCGCUGCAGACGACGGCGGUGAUGACAACGACGAAGACGACGAUGGCGAGAUGGAGAUUCGUCCAGUAGGGAGGAAGCGCGGAGGGUCUACGGCGAGAACCAAGGUUAGAGAAUCGCACACGGGGCGGAAAGGCAAGAAGUGCGGUGAAGAAUCGUCGGCAGGCGACGAAACAAAAAGCAGGGAUUUUUGGACAGUGGAGCAUAUGAUCGCUCUUAUCAGAGCCAAAAGAGACCAAGAUUCGCAUCUGGCCGGCCUGGGGCACAACUAUGGACGGAUGAAGACAAAGACAUGGAAGUGGGAGGACGUGGAGAAGAGGCUGGUGCAGAUGGGGGUGACGAGUAGGAAGGCCGUCGACUGCAGAAAGAAAUGGGACAACCUGUACCAGCAGUUCAAAUCCGUGCACAAGUUCAUGGGAGAGUCUGGCAAGCCUAACUUCUUCACACUAACGCCGGGGGAGAGGAGGGAGCGGGGGUUCAACUUUAGGAUGGAUGAGCGCGCGUAUUCGGAGAUGAAGGCGAUGUCCGGGGGCGAUCACACUAUACACCCCACGAAUCUCGCGGACACGGGUGCUCCGGGAGGUGUUCAAUUGCCUGGCACGGUUGGUGGGCGAAACGAUUCCAGCGGUAGUGACGUAGGGGGGGGCGGUCAAGACGACAAUCGCGGAUCGACGAGGGAUUCGUCGUUCUCCGGCGGUGGCGGUGGCGGGGCUGGCAAACGAAAGAAUGUCAGACAGCAGACCUUCGAGGCGAUGGCGGACGUCAUGAAGGAGCACGGGGCGCUGAUGUCCACGACGGUGGACAGCGUGAGCAAGAGGCAGUGCUCGAUUCUGACGAGGCAAUGCGACAUUCUGGAGAGAGAGAUACAAGUGCAGAAGGAUCACUACGAGAAGGUUGACGAGGCGAACUUCUUGAUGUGCAACGCCCUCAUGGAGAUUGCUAAAGCGAUCCGCGAACGAGCUCGACGUGGGCUGACCAGGCAUGUAGAACCAGCCAAGCGCCGCAUCGUCAACGUCGUCCGACGGCAAGGUGCCCGUCAUCAACCUCCCGCCGCUCCUUCAUCGUCGUCGUCCACGUGGUCCGUCGUCCACGUCAGCCAAGCGCCGCAGCUUUCUGCAUUCGGCACGCACUUCUUUGUGGACGACAUGGCACCGCGCGACGCUUCAGGGAAGGCGAAAAGAAACAGCGGAUCGGGCGACGGUGGGGAGACCCAAAAAGGCAGAGGGCACAUACCGAAGUCGAAAAGGCCGCGCUUCGAUGACGACAGCUCCGAACAUAGUGGGGAUUUGCACGGCGAGGAAGAGUCGAUGGUGAAUGCACAAGGGCUGGACGUCGUGAAGCGAUUGGGGUUUGGGCGGGAUGGGGUGUCGAGGGAGCAGCUGGCCGCUGUGAAGCAAGGCUUGCUCGGUGGUGUCGCCGUCUCGUUGGCACGAACCCCGAGGUCGGCAGGGAUUGUCAUGACGGACGCGCGCGCGGCGAGACAAGUUUCGCCAAAGGUCGUGCACGUGGCGCCACGUCUGCCAAUCCCAGCGCAACAGGCGGGGACUUCAGGGGUGGAAAAAACACCGUCCGCGCAAAAGGUCGACACGAUGACGGGCGGUGGUCGGACGGCGGCGGCGGAAAACACCACUGCGAGCGGAGAUGCCAGGAGGGGGGGCGAUGAUGAUGACGACCGUCCGGUUUCGGCGAUGGUGAAGAAAGGGGUUAAAGAGGAUGAUCUCGAAGAGAGGUCGAAGUUGUGGAUCGACUGCGACGCAUUCUGGGGUCAGGGACCGGGGAAGCCAUUGAGGGAGGCGGUAGGCGAUUGCACGGACUACUUCGUCGCCAUCGCCAACGGGGAUGCAGGAGCGGAACCGCCUUCAAUGCUGGUAAUGCCUCCGAAUGAUGUGCCGCGCUUCAAGAUCGACGACCCUGCGCAGCGUGAUCCGGCUCUGCGCAGAGCGCACAACGUGGAGAAAGUGGUGCUGCGUGCCAUCCACGGCUGGAUCUUCAAAUCGUCGUCGAGGUCGACAGGCUUCGCUCGUGCAGAAUCGUACGUGACAGUGGACUUCGCAACAGACGUUGCGGGAGCAAUCUGGCAGGCUUUAGAAUGGUCGAGAGUCGUUUCCCCUGCCCUUGUCUACCACACGCUGGCGAUGAAGAUGGACGUGCCUCUGUGGUUCGCUGGAGUGAAAAUUGUGGAUAGGCCCGAAGACGACGACAUGGCGGCGCGGCAGGAGGCGACAAUUCUGCGCCUGGCAGACUACUGGACAGAUGCAUUUUGGUGCGGACAAUGGGCCGACGGUAGCCGCGUGAAACAGGAUAGGUUGACGCGCCUUGCGGAUUGUCUUCGAGUUCUGUUGAGCGCGUGCAUGUGGAUCAUGCGGAUGGGCGGUGAUGACGACCGCUCACACUACGAGGCAUCAUUCUACGCAUCCAUGCUUGCCAAACUGGCACUCAUAGCGGCGGGUUCCUACAUCUUCAACUGGCGGCGGCACAUCGUUGACAGCGCCAACCUCGUCUUGGAUCGUUUGGGGAAGGCCCACCUCACGCUGGGAGAUUACCCGCAUUGCAUCCCCGAAUGGGCCGAUUGCGGGUUGGUUUUCGGUCACAAUGCGGCCCUCAAGAAUGCAGCGGAAGCAGCAAAACACGGGUGGAUCGGCAGCGGCCCACUGGCGGAUGACGAUGGCGAUGACAAGAAUUGACACGUGGUUCAUCCGCAAGGCCACGGAG